GAUUUAUCGCAUCUACGCGGCAAAUGCGGAUGCGAGAGGGAUUAUGUUCGGAUCGAGUUUGACGUGGAUUUGAUUGACAGCGCGAUUAAAAAUAAUCGAAUAAUGGAAAACGGUCAUGAAUGUCGUCGAGUACAGCGGUAAGCGUCCGCUGGUGAUAUUGCACGAUUCUAAAGACGAUAAUUCCAGAAAAGAGGACGUGACAGACGACCAAUGCGUCGGCGAGUCCGAUAUCAACUUCAAGAAGCGAUUCUGCGAGCACGCAUUUCAAAAUAGAAAAUACAUCGUAAUUCCAAACGAUUCCUCUAAUGUUGUACCGCUUACAAACGAGAGAACAGACGUUGCUAAGCAUGCUUUCGAACGACACUACUGGAAGAUUACCCCAGACAAUAAUACAGACGCGUUACCCGAGCAAAGUGAUUCAGGACGGCGCAAGGAGGACGUGGAAGAAACGUCGAAAACUAAGAAGAGAAAGCAAAGAUUUUUAACAAUCUGCACGGCGAAUUGCAAGUACGAUGUGGUAAGGCGUGUGGCCGCUCGCUUCGGUAUGAGAGAAGUUACGGAGGACAGCAGCUGGGAUCUCUAUUGGACCGACUUAAGCGUCAGCGUGGAACGCGCUAAGGACAUGAAGAGAUUCCAAAGGAUCAAUCACUUUCCCGGGAUGACGGAGAUAUGUAGAAAGGAUCUCCUCGCUCGUAAUCUCAACCGCAUGCAGAAAUUGUUUCCGAAAGACUACAACUUUUUCCCGAAAACUUGGUGCUUUCCCACCGAUUAUGGCGAUGCGACCGCUUAUGCCAAGACACGAAGGUCAAGAACCUUUAUCAUUAAACCAGAUAUGGGCUGCCAAGGACGCGGUAUUUAUUUAACGAAAUAUUUAAAGGACAUCAAAUUGUCAAGCGAACGCUUGAUCUGUCAAGUGUACAUUGCAAGGCCCUUCUUAAUAGACGGAUACAAAUUUGAUCUACGUAUUUACGCACUAAUUACAUCAUGCAACCCUCUCAGAAUCUAUGUGUACAACGAAGGGCUCGCAAGAUUUGCGACGAGCAAAUAUAAAGAACCGAACGGUCACAAUACUUCGAACAUGUUCAUGCACUUGACGAAUUAUUCCGUUAACAAACACAGCCGAAUGUAUAUCAUCGACGACGAGAUUGGCAGCAAGAGAAAGGUAUCGACAUUAAACAAAUGUUUAAAAACGAAGGAUGUCAAUGUGGACGAACUGUGGAGCAAAAUCGACGAGGUUAUAAUUAAAACUGUGAUCGUCGCGUAUCCCGUAUUGAAGCACAGUUAUCACGCGUGUUUUCCGAUGCACGAUAAGAAUUGCGCGUGCUUCGAGUUGUUGGGAUUCGACAUUUUGCUCGACUGGAAGCUGAAACCUUACCUUCUUGAGGUAAAUCAUUCGCCAAGCUUUCAUACAGAUGCACAAAUAGACAAAGAUGUAAAGGAAGGGUUGUUGAUGGACACCUUCGAUAUAUUAAAUCUACAACAGUGUGACAAAAAGAAAAUAAUAGAAGAAGACAGAAAAAGAAUCAAACAGCGACUUCUUCAAGGUUUAAGCGGAAAGGAUGUUAGGAAUGAGAACGAUUACAUGCAGAGACAGUUUCAAUGGGAAGACGACCAUAUGGGCAAUUUUCGAAGAAUUUAUCCAUGUGACGAAGAUAAAUACCAGUCUUUCUUCACGCAGAAUGCGCUUUCCGUUUUCCAAGAUACGGUGGCGUCAAGAGCACGAGAAGAAGCGUCGAGAAUUGAGAGAGAAGAGAAUGAGUUGAAAACGAAGGAAAAAGAACGCAAACGAAUAGUCGGGAAAUGGAGCGAACAAAAGUUAAGCGCUGAAAGUUUAUACACACCAAAGAAAUUCCAAGAGAAGAGCAAAUUUGCAGGAGGACUAAGGAAAAACAUCAAUAAACAGGACGCACAGGAAUCUCCUACCAACACUCUAUACUCCUUCGAGCCUGAAAUCAUAUCAGAGUCUGAGGAAAGGGAACGAAUAACGGCCCUGGCACAGAGGGAUUUUCUCAUCAAGAGCUACGGCAUGCUCGAGCAGAUAUACGUGGCGAUGAAGAAAAACGGCAUGUUACGUCCCGCCGACGAGAGAAAGUACGGAUUGUAUGGCAGGCUGGGAUUACAUGCAAACACGAACCACAGCACGUGUUCCUCCUCGCAGAAGACCCAACGUCGCCAAAACGGCCAUCUGGAUACCACACAGCCAGUCACGUACCAAUACCAGCAAUGUUCCCUCAGAGGAAAUGAACAGAAAAUGACGAAUCACGAGUGUAUGAAAAACUACGAUUUAAAUAGGAGUAAGCGUUGCCUGUAUUAUCACGAUCAUUAUUUUGUUAAUCAUUAUCGAAUUUUAUACACAUUUAACUCUCUUGAUUUAGGCUUGUGGAUAACGUGUAACGAGGCACUUGUUUACAUGCGUCCAAAAAUACCGCAAACUUUGUGGACAGAAGAAAUUCACUCUAAUAAUCAUAGGAGACGCGUAACAAAAGCACACGUUGUUAGAACAUUAACGAAUACUGUGCGGCUGCACACACUCGAAAGAAGAGAAUCUUCCCAUCCAUCGAAAUCUAAGUAAGUUGAAAUGCGCCACUUAUCUACUACUAUCUAAAUUACUUCUUAAUAAUUUAUAAUUAAAAAUUUUCAAUUAUAUAAUUUAAAUCGUA